AUGAGGAGGGGAAAGGGUGUGGAGGAUGAUAAGCAAAGGAAAGAAGAAGAAUAUCAGACUCGGUACCGAAGUGACCCUAACCUAGCGAGGUAUCCCGUCAAGCCCACCCAAGAGCAUCAGAUGCGCAUGCAUGCCAAAGUAUCGAAAGCCCGCCAUGAAAGGAGGCAUAGAGUGUCUUUGCCCCACACAGAGGUGGAAGAAUCAGAGGUUCCCGAGAACAAGUUAGAGAAACGGCCCACCUCUGGAACUCAGGACCGAAAAUCCCUUUUGGAAACUCAGAGGUCAUAUUCCAUAGAAAGAACGGGUGAUGUAAGAAUAUCCGUUUCUAAACAAUUAACUAACCAUAGCCCACCAGCUCCCAGGCACGGCCCUGUUCCAACAGAGCACCCGGAGUCCAAGAACCAAGAGUCUUUCAAAAAGCAGAGUCGCCUGGAUCCUAGCUCCGCUAUACUUAUCCGGAAAGCAAAGAGAGAGAAAAUGGAAACGAUGCUGAGGAAUGACUCUCUAAGCUCUGACCAGUCAGAGUCAGUACGGCCAUCACCUCCUAAGCCCCACAGGUCCAAGAGAGGGGGGAAGAAGAGACAGAUGUCCGUCAGCAGCUCCGAGGAAGAAGGUGCCUCUACACCUGAGUACACCAGCUGUGAAGAUGUGGAAAUAGAAAGUGAAAGCGUCAGUGAAAAGGGUGACUUGGAUUAUUACUGGCUGGAUCCUACCACGUGGCCCAGUAGGGAGACAUCUCCUAUAAGUUCGCAUCCUGUAACGUGGCAACCAUCUAAAGAGGGUGACCGAUUAAUUGGACGUGUUAUUCUUAACAAAAGAACAACCAUGCCCAAAGAAUCGGGUGCACUAUUAGGACUAAAAGUUGUUGGAGGAAAAAUGACUGAUUUAGGACGUCUUGGUGCCUUCAUCACCAAAGUAAAGAAGGGUAGCCUAGCAGAUGUAGUAGGACAUCUAAGAGCAGGGGAUGAAGUUCUAGAAUGGAAUGGUAAACCCCUGCCUGGAGCUACAAAUGAAGAAGUUUACAACAUUAUUUUAGAAUCAAAAUCAGAACCUCAAGUUGAAAUUAUUGUUUCAAGGCCUAUUGGUGACAUUCCAAGGAUUCCCGAGAGCUCCCAUCCUCCAUUAGAAUCUAGUUCAAGUUCUUUUGAAUCUCAAAAGAUGGAAAGACCUUCUAUUUCUGUUAUUUCUCCAACUAGUCCUGGAGCACUAAAGGAUGCCCCUCAGGUCCUACCAGGACAACUUUCUGUGAAGCUGUGGUAUGACAAAGUUGGACAUCAACUUAUAGUAAACGUUCUUCAGGCAACAGAUCUACCCCCUCGAGUGGAUGGAAGACCCAGAAAUCCCUAUGUGAAAAUGUACUUUCUUCCAGAUAGAAGUGAUAAAAGUAAAAGGAGGACCAAAACAGUAAAGAAAGUCCUAGAACCAAAAUGGAACCAAACAUUUCUCUAUUCACAUGUGCACCGUAGAGAUUUUAGAGAACGAAUGUUAGAAAUAACUGUGUGGGAUCAACCAAGAGUACAAGAAGAAGAAAGUGAAUUUCUUGGAGAGAUUCUCAUAGAGCUGGAGACAGCCCUGCUAGAUGAUGAACCACAUUGGUAUAAACUGCAGACACACGAUGAAUCUUCGCUACCUCUGCCUCAGCCAUCACCUUUCAUGCCAAGGAGACACAUUCAUGGAGAAAGCUCUAGCAAAAAACUACAAAGAUCUCAGCGAAUCAUUGAUAGUGACAUCUCAGAUUAUGAGGUUGAUGAUGGUAUUGGAGUAGUUCCUCCAGGUUAUAAGUCAAGUACUAGAGAAAGCAAAUCUACAACUUUAACUGUGCCAGAACAGCAAAGAACAGCUCAUCACCGCUCGAGAUCUGUAUCUCCUCACCGUGGCGACGAUCAGGGCAGGCCCCGUUCCCGGUUACCAAAUGUGCCAUUACAGAGGAGUUUAGAUGAAAUUCAUCAAGUGAGAAGGUCACGUUCUCCAACCAGACACCAUGAUGCCUCCCGAACUCCAGUUGAUCUCCGAUCCAGAGACAUGGAUAGUCAGUAUUUAUCAGAACAAGAAAGUGAGCUUCUUAUGCUGCCCAGAGCAAAACGAGGACGAAGUGCAGAGUGCCUACAUACGACCAGUGAACUACAGCCCUCCCUUGACAGGGCUAGGAGUGCUAGUACCAACUGCUUGAGACCAGAUACUAGUUUGCAUUCACCAGAACGAGAAAGGGGUAGAUGGUCCCCCUCCCUAGAUAGGCGAAGACCUACUAGUCCCAGGAUUCAAAUCCAGCAUGCAUCUCCUGAGGAUGACAGGCAAUCUCGAAAGUCGGAAAGAUCUAGCAACCAAAAACAGACUAGGAAAAGCAAUGCAUCUGAUGCAGAAAGGGUUCUCCCACAUCUUUCUAGAAGGGGACACCCUACCCCAAGAACAACUGAUCAGCCAGUCAUUAGGGGAAAACAUCCCUCUCGCUCAAGGUCGAGUGAGCAUUCUAGUGUCAGAACACUGUGUUCUAUACAUCACCUUGCGCCAGGAGGGUCGGCACCAGCUUCUCCGCUUCUGACAAGAAUACACCAACAAGGAAGUCCGGGACAAUCUCCUCCUGCAGACACAGCCUUCAGCAAUCGUAGGGGAAGACAGCUUCCGCAGGUUCCAAUAAGAAGUGGCAGUAUAGAACAAGAACAAGACAAAUAUAGCUCUUCCUCAAAAGCAAGCUUAGUAGUGGAGGAGCGAACAAGACAGAUGAAAAUGAAAGUACAUCGCUAUAAGCAGACAACAGGGUCUGGUUCUAGCCAAGAACUUGAUCGCGAGCAAUAUUCCAAGUAUAACAUACAUAAAGAUCAAUACAGAAGCUGUGAUAACGUCUCUGCCAAAUCAUCAGAUAGUGAUGUCAGUGAUGUGUCAGCCAUUUCCCGAACCAGCAGUGCCUCACGCCUCAGCAGCACAAGCUUUAUGUCAGAGCAAUCUGAGCGUCCCAGGGGUAGAAUCAGUUCAUUUACCCCUAAAAUGCAAGGCAGACGGAUGGGAACUUCAGGGAGAACCAUCACAAAGAGCACAAGUGUGAGUGGAGAGAUGUACAAACUGGAGCAUAAUGAUGGAAGCCAGUCAGACACAGCUGUUGGCACAGUUGGGACAGGUGGAAAGAAAAGGAGGUCCAGCCUUAGUGCCAAAGUGGUGGCCAUUGUAUCUCGGAGAAGUAGAAGCACAUCCCAACUUAGCCAAACAGAAUCUGGCCACAAGAAGUUGAAGAGCACUAUACAGAGAAGCACAGAAACAGGAAUGGCGGCUGAAAUGAGAAAGAUGGUACGGCAGCCAAGUCGGGAGUCUACUGACGGCAGCAUUAAUAGUUACAGCUCGGAAGGGAACCUAAUAUUUCCUGGGGUUCGAUUGGGAGCUGACAGUCAAUUCAGUGAUUUCCUCGAUGGACUAGGACCAGCUCAACUUGUUGGACGACAAACACUAGCAACUCCUGCUAUGGGUGAUAUACAGAUUGGAAUGGAGGAUAAAAAGGGUCAAUUAGAAGUGGAAGUUAUCAGAGCAAGAAGCCUCACUCAAAAACCUGGUUCCAAAUCUACACCUGCUCCAUAUGUGAAAGUCUAUCUUUUGGAAAAUGGAGCCUGCAUAGCAAAGAAGAAAACAAGAAUUGCCCGAAAAACCCUUGAUCCUCUGUAUCAACAGUCCCUAGUUUUUGAUGAAAGUCCACAGGGUAAAGUUCUUCAGGUGAUCGUCUGGGGGGACUAUGGGCGAAUGGAUCAUAAGUGUUUCAUGGGUGUAGCUCAGAUCCUGUUGGAGGAACUUGAUCUGUCCAGCAUGGUAAUAGGAUGGUAUAAAUUGUUCCCGCCUUCAUCACUGGUGGACCCAACCCUUGCACCCCUCACUCGCAGGGCUUCCCAAUCAUCUCUGGAAAGUUCAACCGGGCCUCCUUGCAUUCGAUCAUAGUGAACUUGUAGAGAAUGGAUCCUAGCUAAGUAAAAUGCUACCAAUCCAGGAUAAUAACCCGAACUAGAUAUUAUGUGAUCAAAAACAUUGUUGGAGACAGACAAUCAACUUCUGUUUUACCUGUUAUAGCUAUCCAAAAAUAUGUCUGAAUUGUUUGUUUAAACCUGGCUUCAAAUGACAGAUUAAGGGCAUCUAUCAAAUUAUAAUAAUAAAAAAAAAGUCAAUUUGCUAGUGAGAGUCACUGAUGCUUCUAACUUAGCAAAAAGAGGAGGGGAAAUUUCAAAUUCACAAACAGACACACACACACACACACAAGUACACACAAUUGAACAAACUGGAAGCCCUCACUCUGGAAAAUCUUGUGUUCUACAUGUUCUUACCCAGACUGCAAGCAGUGUUAUUUCCCCUGGUGUUUGAGCAGUGUUUUCUGUACUUGUUAUUUCCUCUAGUUUUUGGCUGUGUGACCCUCUCUUCACCCAUGUUGUGACAGUCCACACCAUGCUAAUAGAGACCCUUCCCCUCUUUUUUCCCAUAUCACCAAUAAAGGGCUGCAGAACCUCUCUGUAAGCACCUCCCCUCCAACUGUGCAACAUCCUGGCAAAGUGAUACCAAUUAAAGGUCUCAUGUUCCCCGCUCCCUCUCCCCUACCCCAAGUAUUAUCUCCUCAAAGUCUUAUGUGUAGAAACCCAAAGCCAACCAAGAGGCCAGAAUGUUUCCCUCCCAAGAUGAUAAGCACCACUGUUCUUUUUGCAUUCUGGACAAAGCAUAAAAAUAAAAAAGUCUAUGUUUUGCAUGAAAGGCUUUUGAAGAAACCUAUCUGUAACCAAGGCUGGGGACUGCAACAGCUUAAUCUUAGUUUCUAACAUUGAAACCACUCCUUGUUAAUACUGUUCUCUUUCUAAUGUCCAUGAGAGAAUAAUCACAUUCAUGCAUAGGAACUAUACCUUUGACGUCCCACAAUGUUGACCAGAAAUGGAAUUAAGCAUAUGACACUUUCAGCUAUACCCAGGCUUCUCUGCUGUGUCUCCCUUUAGACACACCUGUCGGCCCUGGAUAGAGCAUGGUAUGGGCUGUUCAAUAUUCCACUGGGAGUUCCAGUUGAAAUAUUCUGCACUUAACUAAUGUUUUUAUCCAAUUUUAGUUUACAUUUCUUUGAGAUUGAUGCAAGCACAAAGCUUGAUUUUUUAACACAAAGUAUCUUACUUUUUUGAGGAAAAAAAAAAGUCCAAUUUCAAUUUGCAUUUUCUUCAUUUGAGUUUUUCUUGGCCUUGACGUUCCCUUGUGAUGUGCUACCAACUGCAGACCGUGCAGGUGCAUUGAUAGGUUUUUCCUUCCUUUUAUGGGCCAUUCAAUUUUGUGAUCACACAGAUAGAGCAGCAUGACUUGGAACUAUUCAAAGCUGCAUGCAUGUUUUGUAAAAAAAAAAAAAAGUAAAGAAACAAAAAGGUAAUUUAAUAAUGUAUGUUAGCUCCACGUAGGCCGGCUUGUAUGUUGCAUGUACUUGUACAGUUUGCUCGUUAAUUACUAUACUGAAAUAACCAAGAAAUCUAAGCCAUCCAUUUUUGUUAUAGACAUUUGGCAGGUUUUAGCCAGACUCGGUUGGUUAGUCUGGCGCAAAAUGUCUAUAGAUGGACUUUAUUUUUUACCCUAUGGAAAACGUGAUGUAGUUCGGACCAAACCUUCUUAUAAAUUAUUUUGGUGUAGAUUCCUACUGUGGGGCUGUAACACAUGUAGAAAUUGUGUACACACUAGGUUUUAAUCCAUUAGACAUACUGCCUGCACCGAGUGAAUUAUUAAUUAUGAUUUAACAUGCCAGACUUAUCUGCCCACCAUUCCAUUGGGUACGGAUUGACUACUGCUCGUCCUGUUGAGCAAGAAAAGGUGAAGCAUUGGUGCACUAUAACUGGAGUUCGUUCUGUCUUAGUGGCCAAUAAUUGACUAAGUACAAUUGGGUAGUAUCUUUCUAUUUUGACCACUUGUCUUAACACUCCCCUGUGCUUUUAAAUGAACUUCCAACUCAUGUUAUGUAAACAUGUUUAAUAAAAUUUACUUUUCACGUCAGUUGGUAGCCAUCUGUGUUCUAUGUUCUGCCAGAUUGUCAUUGCAGGUCCUGUGGUGGAGAGCAGGAGCUGGAUCAUGGGAAUGCGAGACGCCGGGCUUUGUUCUCUGUUUCUGAUGUUUAACUUGACUUGUCACUGCACUAAAUAUGUCUUAAAGAAUGGCCCAAAGGGUACAUCGCCUCACGUACAAGUUUUCACUUUGUCAGCCUGUCUAAGUGAGCACAUGAGUACACUUCUGAAAAGUGGCAUUAUUCAAAACAAUAAAUAUCAGUAAGAAACAAAUGGAAGGUUGUUUUUCUA